GAACCUUUUCUAUGUACAGAACCGUAAACAGAAAUCAGUAAACAAAACUAUUAGGUUAUGUUAUAUUAAAAUUAGUAUAAUUGAGGUUUAAACUGUACGAAUUAUAGUAAAUUUUUAAUUCUGGUACUCAAUGUUGUGACAAGUGAUAAGAAUGUCUAGUGCUUCAAGGUUAAGUUACGCCGAUAAACUUAUUCUAGCCCCUAUGGUGCGUGUUGGCACUUUACCAAUGAGGUUGCUGGCGUUAGAUUACGGAGCCGAUAUUGUGUACUGCGAAGAACUUAUUGAUUGGAAAUUGUUGCGUUCAAAACGAAGAGAAAAUGAUGUACUUGGAACGGUGGACUACGUCGACCAGUCGGAUGGAUCCAUUAUUUUCCGCACGUGUCCGCGUGAGAAACCCAGCGUUGUGCUACAGAUCGGGACUUGCUGUCCAGAGAGAGCCUUGAAGGUCGCCAAGCUGGUGGAGCAGGAUGUGGCGGGCAUAGACGUGAACAUGGGCUGCCCCAAGGAGUUCUCGGUGAAGGGGGGCAUGGGCGCGGCACUGCUCGCCCAGCCGGACAAGGCCCAGCAGAUCCUGACGGCACUGGUGCAGGGCGUCGGGCUGCCGGUCACGUGCAAGAUCCGCAUCCUCCCGGAGCCGGGCGAGACCUUGCGGCUGUGCCGGGCGCUGGCCGCCACGGGCAUCGCCGCCAUCGCGAUCCAUGGCCGCACGCGUGACGAGCGCCCCCAGCACGCCAACCACGACAGCAUCAUCAAGGCCGUGGCUCAGGAGCUCCACAUUCCGGUCAUAGCCAACGGGGGCUCGAAGGAAAUUGACUGCUACGAUGACAUUGCAGCGUUCAAGCAGCGGACGGGCUGCUCGAGCGUGAUGCUGGCGCGGGCCGCGCAGUGGAACUGCUCCGUGUUCCGGCCGCGCGGGAAGGCCCCAUUGGAUGACGUGAUCGUGGCGUACCUCAGGUACGCGGUGCAGUACGACAACCCGCCGGGCAACACCAAGUACUGCGUGCAGAACAUGCUGCGUGACCUGCAAGACACGCCCCGGGGCAAGCAGCUGCUGGAGACGCAGACACUGGAGCAGAUGUGCGCAGUGUGGCAGCUGGGCGACUACUGCCGCCGGGAGCAGCUGCGGCUGAAGGAACUGGGGCUCCAAGGCCGCCGGGAGGUGGUGCCGGCCUCCUUGGAGCCGCGCCUCAAGAGGAGGAAGCUCGGGGACGGAGACGGGGACGACGUGACCGAGCUGCAGUGCGCGUUCAUCAGGAACCUGUACCGGGCGGACACCGACCUGCCCAAGACACAGCUCCUGCUGUGGGCCCGGAGGAACGGCGCGGGGCAGCCGGCGUACACCACUGUGCAAGAGGACAAGCUGUUCAAGUCGGUGGUGCUCCUGGACGGCAAGAAGUACAGCUCUUCUUAUUGGGAGAAGAACAAGCGCUGGGCGGAACAAGGUGCAGCCCUCGUGUGCUUGUGGGCCCUCGGUGUCGUCAGCUUGGAGGCAUUGGUGAAGGAUGGCUGCAUCCUGUGACUGGUGUUGUGAGGUGCAAGCCAAACACAAAACACUUUGUUUUUGUUCAUUUUAAGCUGGAACGUGGGAUGAAGACCAGAAAUGUUAAUUAUGUUUCUAAUUAACUGUAAUUGAAAAAUUUAAAAAUUAAGGUAGGUUUUUUUUUUUAAGUUAUACUUAUUUAGUUGCGUUUAGUUCUUCUGACGUGCGUGCACUAUGCAACAAAAUUUUCACAGGAAGACGGUAGGGUUGUGCGAAUGUUCGGUAUACCGAUACCGAAACCCAAAUUUUGCUACUUUCAUUUUCGAUUUCGGUAAGAAUUUCAUCUGUCGAAGUUCGUUUUUAGCGAAAUAUUUCGAGCCAAACGAAAGUUCAAUAGCUUACCGAAGUUCGUUUGUUCUAGUUGAAAAAGAAAUCGUAAUUUAAUAAAAAUGUACAGUAGAAUACCGGUACAAUAACGUACCUUAUUAUAAAGUAUAUUUCACUUAACGAAUUUUUUUUAAGUCCCCGCCAAAAAUAGUAUCUUCGCCAUGCAAAACGGUUUCAGUUUAAAGUAUCAUAUUUUCACUAUAACGUAUAAAUUCUACUAGUAGCGUGGCAUUACUACACCAAAAUUUACUUAAACUGGUAAAUAAAUUUCCAGCUAAAUGAUUAAUGUAGUAGAACAAAGAUACAAAAAUACCACCGCAACGUAUUUUCUAACCUCUAAAUUCUCAAAACAAAGUUAACAAACAGUUGCGCGCACAACCAUAGAUUAUACCGUACGUAGUAUGCGACGUGAGCAACACAACACCAUUCGAUACAUCGAAAGACGGAGGUUUGAGAGAAGUAUUAAUUAUUUAGACAAAAGUGUUACGCUACGCUAAAAAUACUGUUUGAUGUCUGUGCCGGGAUUGUUUAUUGUUAUUGCUGAGUUUAUUUUCAGGUUACGUUAUUUAGACACCGCAUUGUAUUUGUGCUACAAUAUGAAUGAUCCUGGAGAUAAAAAGAAACGAAAGCAAUUCACGCUUAAGGAAAAAGUGGAUAUACUCAGAACUAGACAAGGGGAAAAAAGCAAGUCGCAGUUGCGAAUACAUAUGGCAUUGCGGCUCUCCUGUAGCUAUUUUUUUAUAUAUAUUUUUUUCUCUUUGUAAAGAUAUGUAUGCAUGUUUCAGUACUAAGUACAAAAACUUGAGGUACCUGUAAGUACUUAGCACUGGGAUUUUACUGUAAUGUCUUUAUAUGAUUUGCUUGUUAUUACUAAUAAUGUAAUAACAUAUGCAAAUCAUAUAAAGACAUUAAUUAGAAAAAAGAUUUCCAUUAAGAUUAAUUUACGUGGUGAUGAAAAAAACUCACGUUAAUGAAAAUACGGUAAAAUCAUAAUUCGAACAAACAUGGCAGAUAAAGUAAACAAAAUUCAACCGUGAUUACAGUAGGCCUAGGUAUCAAAACAAAAUCAUGCAAUAUUUGAAAAAUUACCUGAUUCAUUUGCUUUCAAACAGUAGUGUAGGUACUAUAUUCGUAAAACAUACAUUCCAGAACUGUUAGUACACUAUUUAGUAUUUACCGUAUACACAUAAACAAAGAACGUACGUACCUACUUUUAUUCGCGCACAGCCAAACAAAAACAUUGUCGUCUGCUUUAUUUAAAAUUUACAUACUCUGACUGGCAUAUAAAAUCCUCAUAAUAUACAGCCAAUUAGACAAAAAGGUCAACAAGUCACUGCAUGUAAUGACCACUUGGCAGCAACCAUUUGUUAUGUUUUGUUUUGACCAUGUCCCUUGCCUGGUUUACAGCUUCCUGAGCUAGCCAUGUGUGACAGUGGUGCAAGAUGGCGGCCGUUCCACAGUAUUCACGUAUUUUUUCAUCAGUACCAUGCACGUGAUAAAUAUAUUAUCAUAGACUGCGACAUUACGACUGUAAAGGAAAUAGUCUGUGCGCUGAAAGAUCUGGAUUGAUUCUUGAAAUUUACGAGUGACAUGGAGCUGUGUUGUGUGGUCUAGGGCGGAUGUUGAUUUUAUUAAAUAGUAAUAUUUAUAUAUACAUCAAAAGGUACCAAAAUGAUUUAUGUAAUAGAAUUUAUUACUGAAGAGCAAAUUUUGGGGCACUUUUUUUCUUUGUUAAUUAAAAAAUUUCGCUUAACUUUCGUUAAGAAUAUAUUUAUCUCAUAGAAAAAUUCAUUUUCGUUUCACUUUCGCGAAACUUGAUAAAUUUUCUUUCACUUUCAUUUCGUGUGGAUAAAGUCACUUUCGCACAUCCCUAGAAGACGGUGAACUCACGCAUAGUCACUUUCAUAAAAAUAAGGGAACAUUAUCAAAUGUAUUUGUGUGCCAAAUUAAACUUUAUGAUAGUGAAACUACCCUGGAAUAUAUUUGGUAAACUAAAAUAGUCAUAGUUAAGAGUAAUUUCAAGUUUUAAAAAAACCAAUAAUUAUAAUACAUAUUCUUUUCCUUUACGGUCUUUUCUGGCUUCGUAGCACAGUGGUUGUAAUGUGCCGUUAAUAAGAUAAAUAGGGUUGUGCGAAUGUUCGGUAUACCGAUACCGAAAUCGAAAUUUUGCUACUUUCAUUUUCGAUUUCGGUAAGAAUUUCAUCUGUCGAAGUUCGUUUUUAGCGAAAUAUUUCGAGCCAAACGAAAGUUCAAUAGCUUACCGAAGUUCGUUUGUUCUAGUUGAAAAAGAAAUCGUAAUUUAAUAAAAAUGUACAGUAUAAUACCGGUACAAUAACGUUCCUUAUUAUAAAGUAUAUUUCACUUAACAAAUUUUUUUUAAGUCUCCGCCAAAAAUCGUAUCUUCGCCAUGCAAAACGGUUUCAGUUUAAAGUAUCAUUUUCACUAUAACGUAUAAAUUCUACUAGUAGCGUGGCAUUACUACAACAAAAUUUACUUAAACUGGUAAAUAAAUUUCCAGCUAAAUGAUUAAUGUAGUAGAACAAAGAUACACAAAUACCAACGCAACGUAUUUUCUAACCUCUAAAUUCUCAAAACAAAGUUAACAAACAGUUGCGCGCACAACCAUAGAUUAUACCGUACGUAGUAUGCGACGUGAGCAACACAACACCAUUCGAUACAUCGAAAGACGGAGGUUUGAGAGAAGUAUUAAUUAUUUAGACAAAAGUGUUACGCUACGCUAAAAAUACUGUUUGAUGUCUGUGCCGGGAUUGUUUAUUGUUAUUUUUGAGUUUAUUUUCAGGUUACGCUAUUUAAACACCGCAUUGUAUUUGUGCUACAAUAUGAAUGAUCCUGGAGAUAAAAAGAAACGAAAGCAAUUCACGCUUAAGGAAAAAGUGGAUAUACUCAGAGAACUAGACACGGGGAAAAAAGCAAGUCGCAGUUGCGAAUACAUAUGGCAUUGCGGCUCUCCUGUAGCUAUUUUUUUAUAUAUUUUUUUCUCUUUGUAAAGAUAUGUAUGCAUGUUUCAGUGCUAAGUACAAAAACUUGAGGUACCUGUAAGUACUUAGCACUGAGAUUCUACUGUAAUGUCUUUAUAUGAUUUGCUUGUUAUUACUAAUAAUGUAAUAACAUAUGCAAAUCAUAUAAAGACAUUAAUUAGAAAAAAGAUUUCCAUUAAGAUUAAUUUACGUGGUGAUGAAAAAAACUCACGUUAAUGAAAAUACGGUAAAAUCAUAAUUUGAACAAACAUGGCAGAUAAAGUAAACAAAAUUCAACUGUGAUUACAGUAGGCCUAGGUAUCAAAACAAAAUCAUGCAAUAUUUGAAAAAUUACCUGAUUCAUUUGCUUUCAAACAGUAGUGUAGGUACUAUAUUCGUAAAACAUACAUUCCAGAACUGUUAGUACACUAUUUAGUAUUUAACGUAUACACAUAAACAAAGAGCCAAACAAAAACAUUGUCGUCUGCUUUAUUUAAAUUUUACAUACUCUGACUGGCAUAUAAAAUCCUCAUAAUAUAAAGCCAAUUAGACAAAAAGGUCAACAAGUCACUGCAUGUAAUGACCACUUGGCAGCAACCAUUUGUUAUGUUUUGUUUUGACCAUGUCCAUUGCCUAGUUUACAGCUUCCUGAGCUAGCCAUGUGUGACAGUGGUGCAAGAUGGCGGCCGUUCCGCAGUAUUCACGUAUUUUUUCAUCAGUACCAUGCACGUGAUAAAUAUAUUAUCAUAGACUGCGACAUUACGACUGUAAAGGAAAUAGUCUGUGCGCUGAAAGAUCUGGAUUGAUUCUUGAAAUUUACGAGUGACAUGGGGCUGUGUUGUGUGGUCUAGGGCGGAUGUUGAUUUUAUUAAAUAGUAAUAUUUAUAUAUACAUCAAAAGGUACCAAAAUGAUUUAUGUAAUAGAAUUUAUUACUGAAGAGCAAAUUUUGGGGCACUUUUUUUCUUUGUUAAUUAAAAAAUUUCGCUUAACUUUCGUUAAGAAUAUAUUUAUCUCAUAGAAAAAUUCAUUUUCGUUUCACUUUCGCGAAACUUGAUAAAUUUUCUUUCACUUUCAUUUCGUGUGGAUAAAGUCACUUUCGCACAUCCCUAAAGAUAAAGAAAGGUGUUUUAAAACUCGGCAGUGGAAAAUUCAUUUACUUUCUAUAUUGCAGAUUACUGAAUUAUAUGAAUUGUGCUUUUAUUUAAUACAUAGCUUAGUCCAUUGGAUUGAUUAUUUUAUCUAGGUAUGCCUAUACCCUCAUUUAUUACUUAAAGUAAUAUUAAAUUAAGUUAAGGAGAAUUACGUCAGCAUGCCUUCCCACACAAAGAAGCCAGCAAAAAAAAAACAACAAAAACUUGAAAAAUAAAUACAUACAACAAACCAGGUGAAAUAUUUUUACAAUAACUUGGGGGGAAAAAACAAAAACCCUUUAGACCAUUUGAAAACCUAACUUGAAAUAUGAUAAAAAAAUUUAUAACAAAUGAUUAUUACUGGAUUGCAUGAGGAAGACUGUAAUAUGGGUCAUUACAAGUUUGUACAGUUUUUAGCUCUGGAAUUAAUGCCUUAAUUGAUUCUGUCAUAAAUUAUAAUCAGUGUUGAGAUUUUACAUUUCCGUCUGUGGACUGUGAGACAAAGAAUUUAUUUUUUUCUCUCAGCAGACUUCAAUGGUGUGUUGGUUCAGAGAAGUACGAUAUGGUAGCAGAUUCAUGCUAUUUAUUUGUAAUCUGAAACAAAAACAUAGAAUAUGAAUUUGUGGAGUAAUAGAUUAAUUCUUAAAUAUUAACAUUUGUGUGAGAUUCAUAAUAUAAAAAUGAUCUUAGAUGAAGAUUUCAAAAAUAAGGGAAAGACUAAACUAGAGUCCCGUUAUAGCAAGGUGUCACGGUUCCGGGUUUGAUCCUCGCUAUAACCUUUGAAUAUAUAUACUGUAUAGAAGUCGCGAGUGUAUAGGAAUUACGCUACGUUUUUCAGAAGCGUAUAAUGAGCAGCUUGGGAACUUCACCGCUGCAGUGCACUGCCGUAAUGCCCUGUAUCGUCUUAGUUGUUAUUUAUACGUUAGAGUGCAGCACUGUCGCCCGCUGUCAUUCCCCGCACCCCUCAUCCAUCAUUCACUGCAGUUCAACGUCGUUCAACAGGAGGGGGAAGGGGUGUCUGAAGAGUUCGACACUUGUCCGCUAGGGACCACCACAAGUCGAUGCCCUAGAGAUGGUGGCAAUUGCGGCGGUGAAUUAACCAACUACCUCAAAACCGUAUUAGAAUUUUUAACCUGGGCUGGCGACUUUUAUACAGUAUAUAUAUAUUCAAAGCUAUAACCGAAUUGGAAAGAUUUUGGCCCCCAAAAAAUAAAAAUUAACCGAAAAUAGCAUAAAAAUUGGGUUUAAACCCGUAUAAUUGGAAAAUAACAGGUUAUAUUAACAAAAUCUUAAUUUAUGUGAGCAGAUGUGUGAAUUCUCUUUAAAACGAUACCCCACAAGUACGGAUGCGAUCACCGAUUGCGUCAUAAUAACCAGAAUACCCUACCACUCCACAUAAGUAUAGCAUCUCAGCCUGCAGCCGACGCAGCAUUGUCCUGCUAUCUAUUGUCGACGUGGGCUGUCUGCUGGCGGCCAUGUUGGUUCGGGAUGUUGCAGACAGGUGGUGCUAGUGUAGCGCGACGAUUUAAUUCCUUACAAAAAAAGCAGGAGAGUGGCAACGCACGUACGCCUCAAACGAAAUAAUCGCUGGAAAACUAUACUGUUUUCAUUUAAAGAAAAAAGAAACCUGUUAACUUUUUUUUAGAAAAUAAAUUUAAAUUAAACUCAAACCGGACAGAUACCUUAACAACUGACCGAAACAAAAGUUACAAGAAAACUGUCAGCGAUUCGGAAAUAAAUACGGUAGUGCCUACUACAUAUUUGUUGGAUAGUAAAAUAAAUAACGUGACGUGAUUGUAAAUGUGUCACGACUGAAAUAAUUCCAAACAAGUUUAUAAAUAUCUGUGUGUUAUUAACACGAUCAAUUAGCAACAAGUAUAAAGACGGCUCUGACUUUUUGGCCUAACAUAGUUAUAAACAAUGUUAUUAUUUGUUAAUGAAAAUGACCCAAAAAAUUAAGAGCAUUUAUAUUAAAAAAAAAAAAAAAAAAAAA